AUGGCAUCUUCUUCAUCUUCUUCCGCUUCAACCACUCAUCUCUUCCACAAUCUCACAUCCAUUAAACUCGAUCACAAAAACUUUCUUAUUUGGAAAUCUCAAAUCUUACCUACCCUUAAAGGUUAUGGUCUCUAUCCAUUUGUUACUGGAACUAAUUCUGCCCCUGAAGCUUUUCUCCAAGUCGAUGCUGCUGACGGAUCUAGUGUCCUCACUCCAAAUCCUGCUUUUACCAUCUGGGAGGAGCAAGAUCAAAGAAUCCUUUCAUGGCUUCUCUCCACCCUUUCAGAAUCCAUCCUAGCCCAAGUGGUUGGUGAAUCAUGCACUACAUCUAAAGCCUUUUGGUCUGCUUUAGAACGCACAUUCGCCUCUCAAUCUCAAGCUCGUCUAAUGCAGCUUCGUCUUCAACUUCAGACGGUAAAGAAGGGCUUACUCCCGAUGGCCGAAUAUUUACAGAAAAUAAAAUCAAUCAUCGAUAGUCUCGUUGGUGCUGUGCAAAACAUAUCUCAACAAGAUUUCAUCCUUUAUGUUUUGGGAGGACUCGGUCCUAAAUACGAAUCUCUCACUAUAGCGGUAACCACUCGCACUGACCCCAUCGCCAUCGAAGACCUCCAAGGAAUGCUUCUUACACAUGAGAUUCGUCUUGAAUCACUCCACUCUAACUCUCCAACUGCUAAUCUUGCAUUUGGAUCGGGAGGGAUUUCAAAACCAUCCCACUUCCAACGAUCGCGACGUUCGGUCUCUUCUCCGAGUGAUUAUAGUGCAGAAAAUGAAACUGUCAAUAGAUUGAGCUCCCAGAAUUCUAAUGGAUAUCAAAUAAAUGGGCCUUCAAGUUCAUCUAAAUUUUCACACUCCGACCGGGCUUCUACUAUCGGGUUAGGGGGUCCUUCUACUAAUGGGCUUUCUAUUUUGGGUCGUGGGCCCAAUAGAAAUAAAAUACAAUGUCAAUUGUGUGGUCGUUUUGGUUAUGCGGCUAAUGUCAUUCGAUUGAAACUUGCCGACGUUGUCAGAAUCAAAAUUCAACGACACACUCUGCUAUGA